UGGCGCACGCAGCGGGCGGUGUUUUUCGCUACGGCGUGCUGCACACGCGCACCGCGGACGGGGACGCGCGCGCGCGUUGAGUGAUUGCAAGCAAGCGCCGGUCGCUUUCCCGCUUGUCGCCCCCGGAGACGCUGAGCACGGGCGCUGUGGUUCCGGCCGCAGCCCGCGAUGGCCCAGCAGAACGGUCCCACCACCAACGGGGUUCGGAUACGUCGCACCCUGAGCCUGGCCAAUGCACUGCAGAUCCAGGAAUACGAAGCCAAAGAGCGCCGCCUCGCCCCCGACUCGCCGAUUCACAAGCCGUGCGACUCUUUAUUCAGCAGUUCCCGAGGAUGGACCAACUACCGGGGCCUCUUCAACUUUUGCAUCAUAUUAUUGGUACUCUCCAACAGCAGAGUGGCCUUGGAGAACCUUCUCAAGUAUGGAAUCUUGGUCGACCCAGGGAAGUGGGUGCGGUAUUUGCUACUGGAUCCCAGAGUAUGGCCUCCAGUUUAUGCUACACUGGGACUGAACCUGUGCAUAUUGUGCUCAUUGGUCACUGAAAAGCUGUUGGCUACGGGCCAACUGUCUGAAGGUGUGGCCAGAAAUGUGCAGGUUCUCAACUUGUCUUCUAUCCUUCUCAUUCCACCUGUGGUGGUAUUUGUGUGGGACUGCAAUCCUGUUGCAUCAUCACUGGCAUUGGGUUGCGUGACAGUGCUGUUCCUUAAGCUAGUCUCGUACCACAUGGUGAACCUGUGGUGCCGUCAACAGAGAGCAUCCCGCAAGCACCAUCGACGGAGGUCUUCAUCUGGCAGUGACCAGAUAACACAGGGUGUGAAUGGACGAACCACCAAUGGCCACAUGGCAAAGUUUGUCGUCUACCCUGAUAAUUUGAACCUGUACGAUAUUUAUUAUUUCAUCUUUGUGCCAACCCUCUGCUAUGAGCUCAACUUUCCAAGGUCAUCAAGAAUAAGAAAGCGCUUCCUGUUUCGCCGGUUUCUGGAAUCUUUAUUGCUGUUGCAGCUCAUCCUGGCCUUGGCCCAGCAGUGGAUAGUACCCAUUAUGGAAAACUCUCUGAAGCCUUUUCAGGAGAUGAACUUUCCUGCAAUGCUUGAAAGGUUACUUAAGUUAGCGGUUCCUAACAUACUAAUUUGGUUACUUGCAUUCUAUUGGUUCUUCCAUUCAACACUGAACACAUUUGCUGAGCUCCUGCGCUUCGCAGACAGGGAGUUCUACAAGGACUGGUGGAAUGCAGACACUGUGCAGUAUUUUUGGCAAAACUGGAACAUUCCAGUGCACAGAUGGUGUUUGCGUCACCUCUACAAACCCUUGGUUGCUGCUGGCAUGUCAAAAGCCCGAGCUUGCGUAAUGGUGUUUCUCCUGUCAGCGUUCUUUCAUGAGUACCUUGUCAGUGUUCCCCUGAAAAUGUUCAGGGUGUGGGCCUUUUUUGGGAUGCUCGCACAGGUGCCUUUCGCAUUUGUCAUUGACAACUGCUUCCGCAACCGGUACAACAACUUGGGCAACAUGGCUGUUUGGAUUUCACUCAUAAUAGGGCAGCCGUUGGCUAUAUUGAUGUACUAUCAUGACUAUUACAUAAUCAACUAUGGCACAUCACGAACCUUGUGAUCAUAUUGCCUACAAGCAUAGACAGCUGCGGUAAUGAAGGUUAGCAGCUGAACCAGCAUGUGCCAGUUUUCCAUAGUGAAUGUCAAAGUGGUGUACACUCCAACUUUAUGUGCAACAUUUUUACAGACUACAAGUGCUGCUGUGAUCCGCUUGUACAUAGAUAUGUGCAGCAUGUGCUACAGAUAUGUCGGUUAUUGUUUUGCUGGAAGUGUAUUGUGAUUUUCUUUUUUCUGUCACAGUAUUCAUGGGAAACGAAACACAAUUGAUACCAAUUCUAUCAAGCAGGAUACCCCACGUGCACUGUAGCUCCAGCACUAUUGCCUUAUUCAUGAAAGCAGUGCUUAGCUAACCUCAUAUGAAAUGUGCAUGCAAUUUCAGAGAAGUUUCAUUACUUCCUUUUUCUUUUUUAAGUCAAUCUAACUUUUUUGAUCAAUCAUGCACCUGUUUUUCAGUUUUACUAAGCUGGAAAAGACUCAUGUACUCUGGUUGAAGAACAGCAAAUAUUACUUCGCUUUUCAAAGCUUUCUUAAGCAGACGAAAGCCCUCUUGGCAUGGGGACAUCUCUUUUAUCAUGUCUGUUACCUAUCCUGUUUUUCACUUAGUCUUACUGUCAGUAAUGGUGUUUCAUCUAGGCCAAUUUCCUGGUACACAGAGUAGCAGCGACUUGCUUGUAGAUAUUAAUUGCACAUCAAACUUUGCCACAAAUAGCUAUUACACAUUAAAACCAUAGCGAAGCCAGCAAGAAGUAGAAUUUUUUUCACUGUAGUUGUAAGGUCCAAUGGCAAUUUGACUUUAGUGAAGUGGGUUUCCUUGGGUACUUAGUGGCAGCACUCCUAGUGCUUUUUUAUUUGCCUCCAAGACAUAAAACACUGAACUGUUAUUGUGAGUGUGCCUCGUGCAGCACAAGGUGUAACUGGGAGACUGCUUUGUACUACAUAUAGUAGUUUCAAGUUAUGCUCAAUCCGCACAUCAAAAUGUUUUGAAUGUCUUUCUUUGUUUUAUCAGCUUUGUAAGUAGAUUAAAUUUUAUGUCUGAAUGUUAGGGUCAAACAGUUGUGUGCAAUUUUUUAGCAUGUACAAUAAUUAUUAAGCCAGUUUCUUUCUUACUUAAAUUGUGGCCUCUAUGAAAGCCAGCUGCUGCCAAUUCGCUGCAGGAAUUUUUAUUUGCAGACUUCUCUACUUCAUACCUUUUUUCAUUGUCCUCCUUUUCUCUCUGUAAUACCCUAGAAGCAUUAGCUCAACUUUUAUUUGAAAAUCAUCUCUAAAAACCUAGCAAUGUCAACUAAACAUCUCAGGCUCUGAUAUUUCAGAAAGAUAAAGCAUGUAGGUGUUGUUCAUUUCUGGAAGUACAUUUGUAGGAGCCAAUAUCACAACUUUCCUGCUUUGUAAAGAGUGGAUCGUUUAAGAAUAAGUGAAUACUGUAAGCUUGUAGUUAACUUCAGAAUAGCCGACUAAUUCAAGAAUUGGAGGCUGAGAUACAUUAAAAUACAUUUCAUAGUGUAGAUGCAAUCAGGUUGCUGGCCAUAUGAAGUAUAAAAUGCUAUUUAUGUGAAGAAGCAAUCAACUUGUCAUAAAUAUCAACUACAGCAAUAUACAAUUAAGGUAUUGGAGAACCCCAUGCCUUAAAUGUAAAUCUACUUUUGUUGUGUGCAGUAGCAACAGUAGUGCGAAGUGAUGCACUUGGUCAGAGUUUUGUUGCUUUAAAUUGCAUGUGACCCCUUGGGGUUGCUAAUGCACUUUUGUGCAUUAACGAGCAGGAGUUGCACCGCCUGCAAAAAACUGUGAUCACAACAAGCUCUUUUGAAAAGUAGCAAUUCAUAUUGCAGUUUACAGCUAACCUUCACAUAUUUUUGGAAUGUCGAUGAUUCUUCAAAAGUUGGGGAUCUGUGCCUUGUUUCUGAGAGUGGUGUUGGAUAUUUUUUUUCUGAGGCAAGGAUAAGUGGUUAUUAUCCCCAGAAUGGUAAUCUGUGCCAUAUUUCACAGUUGACUGCAGCUCUUCCCACGUAUGGAUAGCACUAUGCCUCAUUCUUUCUUUUUUGUUGUUUUUAAAGCCUGCCCAUAGGCAUUGAAGUGCAUUCUUGCAAUCAGUGAGAAAAUGUGUGAGUCCUAGAUUAGCCUUUACAUAGAUUGGUAUCUGCUCCAUUAAUCUUCACAGUCAUUCACUGACAAAGACAACAGCUGCAUUUAGACAAGGAUAAAUUAGUGUCGGUGUGUGUGUUACAGAAGGCAAUGACUGUAUCGAAAAAUCGCAGGCCACAAAUGAAAAGGAAGAAUUUCCUCCUACCCAGUUCUUCUUACCCGGUAGGUUUUGUUUUGUAAGCAUAGGAAGCAGCUGAAGCCAGAUUUGUGUUGUGUGCAACCGUGUGUUAAACUUUCCAGAUAUAAUUCCAAAAAUUUGGAAUACUACAGUGACAUUGUCACUUUAGUAUCAAUUGUUUGUGGUUUAAAGUUUAUCAAAGGGUCCCGCAUGCUGAAACUUGGUUCUGCAGGUUUCAAAUGCAAAGAAGAAAAAUGGGGAGUUAACAAAGAAUGAUCUUUGAUUAAUAGAUUCACUGCACUGAGGAAGGCAGAAAGAGGCAUGAAAGAAAAGAGAAAAGGAAAGGAAGAAUAAGCAAUGCAGCAAUGCCACCUGUAUGGGCACGUAUAUGAACAUACAACGUGCCAGUGCCCCACUAAGAAAUAAAGCAGCAGCAUCUUUAUAGUCGCUCAUACUGAUGUCUGCGUAGGCCGUUGACCAAGAAUAUUGCUUUUUGUGAGACUGGUAGACUUGAAAUAAGUGCUGAAACUGUCCACUUUCAGAAUUGGGCUUCCAGGAAAAUAUAAGUCAACUUUGUUGUGCAAGAACAAAUUUCAUUUUUUUCUACUUGCUAACUUCCAGUUUUGGCUCAGAAAUAGCCAUAUCGCUCUUAUUGCUAGAUCUUCCACCUUUUGGCGUAAAGGAUGAAAACAAUGGAUAAUGAAACAAACUGCUGCAAAAUAUGGCCCUUGGCAUUCAAUGAUGAUCCAUUUAGGUGGUACUUGUGAGCUGUAGAUGUCUUGUUGGAACUUAUAAAAUGUAGUUUGCUGCUAUCUGUGACACUUUUAGUUAUAUUGCUUGCGUGGGUACACCAGCAAUGUGACACACUUCAUGGCCUUUAGAUGUUUUUGGCAACAAUUCACUUAUCGUAUGUGUUAUUGUGAGGCUUGGGCUCAUCACUCGCAUUAUAAAUACCUAUCUUUAGCGGAUCCUUCACCAGGUAUGGGUAUUACAAACAAAUGAGCUCACAACAUGUGAUGCAGUGAUUGUUAUUACAAUGAAGUAAUAUGCCAAUGUUCACCACACACAAAAAAAGCAGAAAAUUUGUACAAAAUAUCAUGUACUCUGUUUUCUUGGCGGAGCCUCUCUCCAAGCCAGCAGAGACGACACUGCAUGCUUGACAUUCCUGCGUCACUUUUGUGGUACCUACAGUGCACAUGUUUAGGGAUUCCCAUGAAAUGCAGAUUGUGCAAAAUCACCUUUGGAAGUGCACCAUAGAGCAGAGCCAUGGUGCAAAUGUCAUGUAGGUCAUUGGCUCCAAUAUGGAAAAAAGCAAUAGAGGGAUGUCUUUUCCAGGCAUCGACAAACGAGGAAGUAAUAGGGCCUUUGCAGGGGGGAAGUAGCUUGUCUUGCACCAUGGCCAUAUAACAUUUACUGCUUCUGUCCUGGUACUACUAAGCAUGCUUUAAAAAUCCUUGCUCUAGAAUGCUCCAUGGACUGAACUGUGGCUGUACAACUGAAAUUUUCACAGGUGAAAGGGCACUUUAAAAACUAUGCCAGGGGAAGGAAAAUUGAGUAGAAUUUUUAUGACCCUGCAAUAUGUUCAUUAUUCUCAAUGUGUGUGCAUGCACAUCUGUGUAUAGAUGUUUGUAAUAUAAGUGAAGAAAUAUGCUUACCAGUACAGCAUCUUAAAACUAUUCUUUAUAUGAGAUGCAUGGUCAGAUGUUGCAAGUUGGAGUUAAAAGUAUUCAUUUUGACCGAUACAGUUUGGCAUUUGCUUAAUAAUUUCAGCAGUUCCUUGCUUGCCAACAAGCAUCCUUGUGUAAAAAUUUCUCUGAAACAUUUUUUUUUGUCAUCUAGUCCUGCUACUCAAUGCACAAGGUCAAUGAAGAUGUAUACUUAAAGUGCAGAGGUUCACAUACUUGGUUAAAGGUUACUGUACAUAUAAACAUUUUAGUUUUGUUUGUGCAUACUGCUGUUUGCUUCCAUUCAGAAGCAUUGUAAGUGAAUACCUAGGAAUGUAUUAUGUUCUGUGUGAUAUUAAAAGCAAUGUUUCAUACUGAA